AUGUCCUCGUCGCGUCGAAGGAAGUCCUUCGCGUCGUCCUCUUCGUCGUCUCCUUCCUUUCACUCCCCAUCGCCGCCGACUUCGCGCCUGAGGCCGCGGUCUCCUCCGUCAAGUAAUACCAAAACAUCACCGUCAUCCACAACGCCCUUGUCAACCAAUAUCCUUCUGUUCUUAAUCGCUUUUCGUCUGGUCAACGCAUUUACUGUUCGCACCUUCUUCCAACCCGAUGAAUUUUUUCAAUCACUCGAGCCUGCCUGGCAAAUCGCAUUUGGAGAAAAUCAGGGGGCAUGGAUAACCUGGGAAUGGAGGCAUCAACUGAGAUCUUCUAUCCAUCCUCUCCUCUUCGCCGCCGUCUACUCCGCCGCCGAUGUCGUCGCCCAGCUUCUCCGCCUCUCCCCCGCAUCGCGUGCGGAUCUCCUCGUCGCCGCCCCGAAAACUGCGCAGGCGGUAAUCGCGGCGCUCGGGGACUUUUAUACUUGGAAGUUGGCUCGCUAUGUCUAUGGUGCUCGAAGUUACGAGGCCUGGGCUACUCUUGCCUUGACCGUCAUUAGCCCGUGGCAAUGGUUUUGCUCCACCAGGACAUUGUCUAAUUGCCUCGAAACAACCAUUACCAUUGUCGCUCUCCACUUGUGGCCCUGGAGUUGGUCAUUUGUGACACCUCCACGCAAGAAGGCUACUCGCGCGGCCAGCAGGGAGCGUGCUCAGAGGGAUCAGGGGGUGUCGGACUCGCUGCAGAGGCUACGCCAAUGUCUGACCCUAGCGGCUGUCGCCUGUAUUCUACGACCGACAAACAUCCUCAUCUGGAUGGGUUUGGCCAGUGUCGCAUGGUAUCGAACUUCUUGGGACAGGAGGAGGAUCCUCGUGCGCGAAGUAUUACUUUGCGGCUGUACCGUUCUGGGCUUAUCGUCCGUGGUGGAUCGGCUCUUCUACGGAAGCUGGACGUUUCCUCCUUUGAGAUUCCUAUAUUUCAACAUUGCUCAGUCUCUAGCGGUUUUCUAUGGGAGAAAUGACUGGCAUUAUUAUAUCUCGCAGGGGUUUCCCCUUCUACUUACCACCGCACUGCCUUUCGCUCUCGUUGGCCUGUACCGCGCUCUGGCCCAGGUUCGGACGUCCGGAUUGGGGCAAUUGCAGUCUCUCGCGCAAGCUCAACUUGCGCUGAUAUGUGUGGUCAUGCCUUUCAUCCUAUCCCUGGUCUCUCACAAGGAAGUGCGAUUCAUCUAUCCCCUUCUACCAUCUCUCCACAUCCUAAGUGCACCACCUCUGGUGGACUACUUCCUUCCCGCGGUCCUCCGCUCGUCCCGCUCGUAUAUGCCCAGGAGGCUCACGCUCGUCUUCCUAUUACUGGUCAAUAUUGCCAUUGCCCUCUACACGACCAUCUAUCACGCAUCCGGGCCGUCCAGCGUGCUCUCAUACCUCCGGCAACAGCACGAGCUACAUGCUCCGGCCGCUCAAACUCCAAAUCUCAGCCCGUCAGUCAAAGACGACUCUCAGCGCGGAAUCACGGCCGGCUUCCUCAUGCCCUGCCACAGCACCCCCUGGCGCUCCCAUCUCGUCUACCCCACAAUCCACGCUUGGGCUCUGACCUGCGAGCCCCCGGUUGACCAGACCGCCGCCGAAAAAGCCACCUACGUGGACGAAGCAGACCAAUUCUACGCCAACCCGGCCCAGUUCCUCCGCGACCACAUGGCCGGCGGCCUCCGCCACAUCCCUCGCAAACCAUCCUACCUCUCCGCGCAAGCGCACCCCCAGUCGCCGAGUACAAACACCAACCAUUCCAUCCACGAAUGGCCCGACUACCUCAUCUUCUUCGCGCAGCUCGAGCCAACCCUCCAGUCCCUCCUCCGCGCCAGCUCCUACGCCGAAUGCUACCGUUCCUUCAAUACAGCCUGGCACGACGACUGGCGCCGCAAAGGCGACAUUGUGGUCUGGUGCCUUGACCCCGCCGAACAACAGGCCUGGCGAUCCGCCACCCGCCAACGCGACCUCGAGAACCGCGACAGACAAUUCGACCGGAUCAUCGAGAGUUUCCGGAAAGAGGCGACCGAGAAGCGCAGUGGCAAGGUCUCUCCAUUCCGUCGAUGGAUCUCGUCUUCUCCCUCGGUGGCCCCGUCGUCCUCGCUGUCUCUGCCGUGGCCGUCGUCGUGGCGCUGGCCGUGGAGCCAGCGGAAGCGGACAUCCUGGUUAGGUGUGCAGAUUCCGCAGUGGACAAGGACACAAUCGUCAUGGACGGCUUGGGGAUGGGACUGGUUCAGGAACUGGACGCAGAAGAAGAAGACUAAGAAGCUCCUCGAGCGGGAUCUGUGGUUGUAA